AUGGCCAUGAAAACACUGCUUAUCUCUGCACUCGCUGCCAGCCUUGCGUGGGCGUCUCCUGCUCGACGAGCUAGCCCCACUGUCAACUCCACCACCUGCAAUGGUCACACUUAUGUCUACCAGGCUCUCGCUGGUUACGGAUUCACGCCGUCGGAUUCGCGCGACAAGUUUGGCGAUACUGCAGGAGGUUUCGGCAGUAGCGCCGCCAUCGACCAACACUCGUGGAAAGUCGACAGCAACGGGACCUACACUGGCAUUCUGUGGACUCUACCCGACCGUGGAUGGAACACGGAAGGUACAUUGAAUUAUCAACCUCGAGUCCACAAGUUCCAGGUCACCUUCAAGCCCAACUACAAUGCCACAGCCGCGAACCCAAGCUCGCCAAACGUUCACUUGCAGUACCUCGACACCAUCCGUUUCACAGAUCCUGCCGGAACACCACUGACUGGUCUCGAUGCCGAUCUCAGACCCCCCUACCUCACAUUUCCUGGCUUUCCCGAGCUUCCAGCCGCGACUUAUACGGGUGACGGCUUUGGCGGUAAUGGUACGGGAGGUCACCGUGUUGUUGGAGACACUGAAGGGCUCGUCCUCAGCCCUGACGGCUUUUGGGUUUCUGAUGAAUACGGACCUUACAUCUACCAUUUCGACCAUAGUGGUAAAAUGACAGGGGCUAUCCGACCUCCAUCGGCAAUCAUUCCAGAGAGAAACGGUACCGAGUCUUUCAACGCUGAUAGCCCACCUCGUUAUAACCCUGACUUCGAGACGAUCCCCGCGAAUCCUGACACCGGACGGUCCAAUAACCAAGGCCUCGAGGGUCUGACCUCUUCGCCCGAUAAGAAAACUCUCUACGCGCUGAUGCAGUCGGCGUUGGCUCAAGAGGGUGGCGACAAUUCAUCAACACGACGACUUAGUCGGUUUCUCGAAUACGAUGUGAGUGAUCCGUCUAAUCCAAUCUACAAGGCAGAAUAUAUGGUUCCACUCCCGCUCUUCAGCAACAACACUUUGGUUGCUGCCCAAUCUGAGAUCCACUACAUCAGCCCGACUCAAUUCCUUGUUCUCGCCCGUGACUCUGGCCGUGGUCAUGGCCAAUCCAACUCACUAUCCCGAUACCGCCACAUCGACGUCUUUGACAUCUCCAAAGCUACCAAUCUGGCCGGAAACACAUACGACUGCACAACUUGUUCUGCGGCUUCCGUGAACGGUGUUCUCGCUUCGGCCAUCAUACCUGCUACCUAUUGCUCAUGGCUCGACUACAAUGUCAACUCUCAGCUCAACCGUUUCGGGCUACACAAUGGUGGUCUACAAGACGCCAGCCUUCUGAAUGAGAAAUGGGAGUCAAUAGCCACAGUCCCUGUCAACCCUUCCAGUGCUACCUGCAAGGAUGGAUACACCAAGUCUGACGGCGAGUAUUUCAUAUUCAGCUUAAGUGACAAUGACUUCAUCACCCAGAAUGGAUUUAUGAACGGCGGGUUGUUGCCGUACGCAGACGAAAGUGGAUUCAAUCUUGACAAUCAAGUUUUGGUCUUCAAGGUUACCUUGCCUACCAAUUGA